CUCCACUCCAACAAUGGCUCUCCGAUCGUGCAGUACUCUCUCUCCUCAGUCCGUCAGGUCUCCACCGUCGUUACCCUGCGCCGCGAAGCAGCAGAUCGCGCUCCCGUCUUCGUCUUCCUCCAGCUGCUUCGGUUCGAAGAAGAAUGUGGUUCUGAGGUUCAGUGGUGGAGCCGGCACAAAGAGGGCUGGGUCCUACAGUCGCAGUGUUAGGUCAAGCUUGGAGACCCUGCGUCCCACCGUCGGGAAGGUCACCGAGGUCAACAAAGACAGCUUCUGGCCGAUCGUCAACGCCGCCGGCGAUAAGACCGUCGUUCUCGACAUGUACACCCAAUGGUGUGGCCCUUGCAAGGUGAUAGCCCCCAAAUUUCAGGAACUGUCAGAAAAGUAUCUUGAUGUUGUCUUCCUAAAGCUGGAUUGUAAUCAAGAUAACAAGGCUCUGGCGAAAGAGCUUGGGAUUAGGGUUGUUCCAACUUUCAAGAUUUUGAAGGACAGCAAGAUUGUGAAAGAAGUUACUGGGGCCAAAUUUGACGACUUAGUUGUUGCUAUAGAUACAGUCAGAUCAAGCUGAAGCCUCUCUUGUUUUACUUGUAAAAUGUUAAUAAUAUAGUGAAGACAUUCACUUCAAACUAAUCAUUGUACUUGUAUGUAUUUAUGGACCUUUUGAACAUAUUUACAUCUCUUCUUCAAAAAGAGUACCACCACUUAAUCACCUACUAGUAAUGCAUCA